AUGAAAAUGAACAGAAGGAUACAGGAGGAAAGCCGAAACCAGGACGAAGGUCCCAGAGGGCCAGAGAUUCCUUAGAGAGGGGGAGAGAGAGAGGUGGAAGACUUUCUUAUGGUCAAUGACCUCCGAUUAUUUUAUUGAGAGCAUUGACGGACUUGACUCUACCUCCAGAGCGGAGUUCAUUGAGCAGAGGAGGAGACACUCUCACCCAGAUUCAAGAACAGAACUCAAAUUACUCACAGAAUCACUACCAAACAGCUGAAAUCAGAUCCAUUCGCCCUCCCAAGGUUGGAAUUGUGGGUUCGUCCUUAAUAGAGAAUGUACGUGCAUAUUCGUUUCCACGUUUGAAUCAUCUUUGCUAGCAACACAGUGUUUGUGUGACAGAGUGAGAAGCGAAAGUAGUCGCAGCAUAAUGGGAAAACAUGGGCAUUGGCAACGGUUGUGGGAAACAUGGGAUCUGCGGUUAGUGAUUCUUAUUAGUCUCUUGUUGCAGACUUUUCUCAUAUUGUUUGCACCUUUGAGAAAGCGCGUGUCAACUGCUUAUAUAAUGAUACCCAUGUGGCUGGCAUACUUGCUAGCCGACUUGAGCGCUAACUUUGCCGUGGGACUCAUUUCCAAGAGCCAGGGUACGUGUAAAACCUCUGGCCCUUUCGCUUAUCCGACCCUUCUGGCAUUUUGGGCUCCCUUUCUCUUGGUACACCUCGGGGGUCCCGACACCAUCACUGCUUUUGCGCUUGAGGAUAAUGAGCUCUGGCUCAGGCACUUGCUUGGUCUGGGUUUCCAGUGCUUGGCCGUCGGUUAUGCCUUCAUUCAGUCAUUUCUCUUUGAAGGCUCAUUCCGCGUUAAUGAAUUUUGGCUCCCCACAGUGCUAAUGUUUAUUGUUGGACUUAUCAAGUACACUGAGCGAACACGUGCUCUCUACCUUGCUAGCUCCCGCAGAUUCAAAGAUUCUUUGCUCACAGAGCCUGAUCCUGGGCCUAACUAUGCGAAGCUCAUGGAUGAGUACACAUCAAAGAUAGAAGCAAGGCUUCCGACGAAAAUAGAGAUGAUUCCUGAACCUACUAGGGUUAACAGAACAACAAAUAAGGAAGAUUUGGUUCCUUUGUCUGAUUUGAAAGUGGUGCAAUCCGCUUUUGGGUAUUUCGAUACUUUCAAAGGAUUGAUUUCAGAUCUGAUCUUCAGCUUCCGUGAGCGCAACCAGAGUCGAGAUUUCUUCCUCAACAGAACCUCAAGAGAUGCUUUCAAAGUUGUUGAAGCAGAACUUAAUUUCUUCUAUCAGGCUCUCUACACGAAAGCCACGGUGGUGCAAACUAAGCGAGGAUACCUGUUGAUCCGAAUACUUUCUUUAGGUUUAAAUUGUGCAGCCAUUGCGCUCUUCUCUAAGGAAAACAAGAAUACGCUUAAACCAGUUGAUAUUGGAAUUACCUACACUUUGCUCUAUGGUGCUCUUGCUCUUGAUUUAAUAGCUACGGUAAUGUUCCUUUGCUCUGAAUGGACUGUCGUGGCCGUCACUAAGUAUGAGCUUCCUAAUUGGGUCACUAAGUUCCUUGAGACGAUGCUCAAUGCCAAGAGGACCUGGUGGCCUGAAAACCGUAGAAACAAGCCCAAAUGGUUUUGGAAGAUCGUGCAUAUUGUGUUCCUCAGGAGGUGGUCUGAAUCUCUCUCUCAGUACAACUUGAUAAAGUAUUGUCUGCAUCCACGUGCGGAAUGGUGGGAGAAAACUAUUGAUUUUUUUGGCCUAACCAACAUCUUAGACGGGUUGAAAUAUGUGGAAACUGAGGAUUUCAACAAUUACUUGAGGGAUCUUAUUUUCAAGGAGCUGAAAAUGAAAUCUGAGCUUGCAGACGACUUAGAAACGGCCAAGGAGAUAUUUUCUGCCAGAGGGGAUUGGAUUCUACGGUUUGAAAGUUGCACCGACUUACUCCGUUGGAUCAACGAAGUCGACUUUGAUGAGAGCCUUAUUAUGUGGCACAUUGCCACUGAACUUUGCUACAACAUUGAUGAAGACAAAGAACAUACAAAUAAUGGUCCCGCUAAUGCUACUAACACCGAGGAUUCUGACACUAAGAAUUCCAGAGAGUUGUCUAAGCUCCUUUCCGAUUACAUGUUAUAUCUUUUAAUCAUUCAGGCCACAAUGUUGUCCACCGUUGCAGGCAUUGGGCAAAUAAGGUUCAGGGAUACAUGUGCUGAGGCCAAGAAAUUCUUUCGGGGAAGAAAAAUUGGGAAGUCAAAAGAAGGGGGGAUGUGCUGUCUGAAUAUCUUCUCUUUUUGCAAAUGCUUCUGUGGCAAUGAAUUUGAAAAUGGGCAGCAACAGUGUCCAACCACUUGCUGCUUCAAGGAAUGCUGCUGCAAAAGGAAAAAAGGACGGGAUAAAUUACAGAUACGAGCCUGUGAGAGUAUCCUUGCUGUUAAUACAGCAGUUGAACCUGUCGCUGUUAAGGGGGACAGAAGCAAAUCUGUUUUGUUUGACGCGUGCAUGCUGGCCAAAGAGCUGCAAAAAUUAGAAAGGAAAAGAAUGUGGGAAAUAAUAAGCAAAGUUUGGGUUGAAUUGUUGUCCUAUGCAGCGAGUCAUUGCAGAGCCUACACCCACGCGGCACAACUUAGUAAAGGUGGACAGCUCCUCACUUUGGUUUGGUUGUUGAUGGCUCAUAUGGGCUUAGGGAAUCAGUUUCAAAUAAGUGAGGGGCAUGCAAGGGCAAAAUUGAUCGUGAGGAAGUAGGUUGUUAUGUUUUUCUAUUAAUGAUUGUAAGGUUUAUGCUUUGGUCUUGUUUGAAUAAUCUACUUAAAGGCCACAAUGAGAUAACCCCGUCGGAUAUGUGGCGAUUUUAGUUAGUGGUUACAAGUUGCCGAUACUUUUGCACA